CUAACGCGAAGCGGGAAGAAUAAAAACAAAAAUGGAUGUUAGAGAAGAUACCUGCGUAGAGACUGACAUGCUUCCUGUGUCGUCUUUAGAGUUAUACGAGUCGCAGUUUUUCGGCUUCACGCCGCAGACGCUGAUGUUUCGUCUCUCCAGCGCCUUCAUAGACUCUCUGUGCCACAUCUUGAACGUGGUGGAGAAAGUAUGCGUGCGACAACUGAGUAAAGGUGACUCGGACGCGACGACUGAGGAACAGCUCCGCGUCCAGGCCAGAGAGUGUAGCCGCAAACUGCAAGCGUAUAUGGGAGAGGGCUUCAAGCAACUAUCGGAGCGAAUGGAGGAGAUGCUGGUCCCUCGCUGUUUUUCCGUCCCUCCCAACGCCCUGCUGAAGGAGGACCAGUGUCACAGAAAACAUCCUCCAGACACACAGGAGAUCCUCAGAUUGGAGACAUCCUUGACGGCACUCCACAGGGCUCAUGAGGCCGAGUUGUGUGCUCGACAUGCACUGCAGGUUGAACUCGAGGAGCAACCUGAGGUACAGAAGCAGCUGGAUGGCUUCCUGGCCUGGUUCAGGGAUGGAAAUGGCAUCUUCGAGGAACAAUUCAAACCAGUGGCGACGUCAAUAAAGAAAUUGCAGCAAGUCAUUGUGGAGGUGUGCAACAAGACGCAGGAUUCUCACUAACCUAACAUAGUGUUAUACGUUAGUUUGAUUGUUAUUCCAAGACGGUCUCCUUUAUGUAAAUUUAGAGGAAUGGGAUACUGCAAAUCUUCACCCAUGUCCAGAGUGUUUUCUUAACAAUUAAUAAUGAUGUUGUAUUGU